GAUCAGUGGUCAUGACUCAACGCACUCAACGUGGUCGUUGGCCAUAGCCAAAAGCCGAAAGAGAAACGAGUAGCGGCGGCGUAGCGGCUAUCGCAGGUUUCAGUGUCGGAGUUUGGGUUAGUGUAAGAUACCCAGAAUGCUGUAAAUAUUAACAGCGUACAAGAUAUACGUGUAACUGAUAAGGCUGCUUUGCGCAUGCGAUAAUUUCACCGUCCCUACAUAAUGGCGGAAAAAUUGCUAAUCUUCGUACACUGGGAAUCUGCAGCUCGUUAUUUGUGUGAAACUUAGCAUUAAACAAAAACUAAUGGCUGUUUCAAUGCAUCGGGUCUCUGCUCUGAGAGCACUAAAGCAGUUCCCAAAAUGUCACGGGCAGCGUCAGCUGAGUUCCCACCUCAAGGUAUGCGUGGUGGGGGCUGGUCCAGCAGGAUUCUACACAGCUCAGCAGGUCCUCAAAGAUCCCAAUGCAGUGGUGGACCUUUACGAGCGUAUGCCCGUACCAUUUGGUCUCGUGCGCUACGGCGUUGCGCCAGAUCACCCAGAGGUUAAGAAUGUGAUCCAUACCUUCACGAACACACUUCGAAACUCACGGUGCAAUUUUUAUGGGAAUGUACGGCUAGGAAAAGACGUCACCUUGAGUGAUCUGCGUAAUGCUUAUCAUGCCGUUGUUUUGACAUACGGAUCGGAUGAAGAGAAGCGGUUGGGCAUACCUGGUGAGGACUUGAGCAACAUUAUCUCAGCUCGUCAGUUUGUGGGCUGGUACAACGGCCACCCCGCAGACCUUGAGGUGCAUCCUGAUCUCAAUGUGGAUACCGUGGCUGUAAUAGGACAUGGCAACGUGGCUCUGGAUGUGGCUCGCAUUCUACUUACUUCUCCUGAUGUUCUGCAGAAAACGGACAUAAGUGAGCCAGCACUGUGCAAAUUACGCAAGAGCACCGUCAAACGAGUCAUCGUGCUGGGGAGGCGUGGCCCACUUCAGGUGUCCUUCACCAUCAAGGAACUACGAGAAAUGACGAAGCUGGCAGGAGUCAACACAAUUUUUAGGCCUGAAGACUUUGCCAAUCUUCACAAGAAAGUGGCAGAUCUGCCUCGACCCAGGAAAAGGCUUGUGGAACUGAUGCUGCAGACUGCUGAGCGUACACAGACAGCAAAGUCUUCUCGUAGUUGGGAACUUCGUUUUCUUAGAAGUCCCAUGCAAUUCCUGGGAAAUGGGACAAAAGUCUCUGGUAUAGAACUCUGCAUCAACAAGCUGGAGGAAGUAGAUGGCCGUUGGAACGCUGUUCCCGUGGGUGACACAGAAACUUUAGAUUGCCAAAUUGUUCUGAAGAGCAUAGGCUACAGUAGCAAGGCUGUAGAUCCUGCAAUUCCGUUUGACACACAGCGAAGCCUUGUUCCAAAUACAGGGGGCCGUGUGCAGGGACUACAAGGCAUCUACUGCAGUGGCUGGAUUAAGAACUGGCCUGUUGGGGUCAUUCUGACUACCUUGAACUGCAGCUUUGAGACAGCCAGUACUCUACUUAGAGAUGCACGCGAAGGUCUGCUGGAUGUAUCGCAGCAGCGUUCUGGCUCUGAAUAUAUUUUGCCACUGCUAUCUGAACGAGGUGUGAAGCCCCUGACUAAGGAGCACUGGCUAAAGAUUGAAGCAUGGGAAAUAGCAGAAGGCGAGAAGAAAGGGAAGCCACGUGAAAAGCUCCUUUCUGUGCAAAGAAUGCUUGAAAUAGCCUACUCGUGACAGAGGAGUGUUUCAAGCUUGCGUUUCCUGAUCCCCUACUGUCACAAAUGAGUAUGUGUAGACUUACAAGUGCAAUAAAUUGUUAUUUUAGGCAGCAAA